UGGGCUUGUGCAGUGAUCGCGCUCGGAGCCUUUGCCGGCGUUCGAGACUUCUUCCCGACCUCUCUCUCUCUGGUCCUCCUUGUGUCCCGCCACUUAUCGUCCGUGUGUGUGUGUGUGUGUGUGUCCCGCUCACCCCUCUCACCCCCCCUCUCUCACCACCUCUCACAACAACAAGAGAAGAACCUUUUGACACCUGGUCUAGAAAUGAAAGCAAAUUGGGGAACAUAUAAGAGGGAUGUGUGACCGCCGCUUCGAGUCUGGUACCGGGAGCUUAGCGGGACACCGCGGAGAAAGAGACGUUGGAAGAGCACCACACUAGUGGCAGGCAGCGGCAGGAGGCACUGACACCACCAGCUGCCACCCACUGGAGGCACUGACACCACCAGCUGCCACCCACUGGAGGCACUGACACCACCUGCUGCCACCCACUGGAGGCACUGACACCGCCAGCUGCCACCCACUGGAGGCACUGACACCACCACCUGCCACCCACUGGAGGCACUGACAACCACCACCUGCCACCCACUGGAGGCACUGACACCACCUGCUGCCACCCACUGGAGGCACUGACACCGCCAGCUGCCACCCACUGGAGGCACUGACACCACCACCUGCCACCCACUGGAGGCACUGACACCACCACCUGCCACCCACUGGAGGCACUGACACUACCAGCUGCCACCCACUGGAGGCACUGACACCACCACCUGCCAGCCACUGGAGGCACUGACACCACCACCUGCCACCCACUGGAGGCACUGCCAUCAACUGCCACCCAGCAUCGCCUCUGCCACCCUGCUGCCACCUCCAGCCACAGCGUCAGCUGGAAACAGCGCACUCACACACAGGAUGAGGUGAGGGCGCCGCCGCCCCAGAAAGAUGGCGCGGGAAGAGCGCAGAAGGCCAGCCACCACCACCACCACGUGCAGGCGUAGUACCACCAAUAGUACCACUGGCAGUACCAACAGCUACUCCUGUAAAGGCAGGAUACCAGUGAGACGGUACCGGCAUUCCCGGUGAACAUCUGGCUCUAGCAUCGUCACCUGCUUACACAGGAUAGUACCGAGAGUUCGACGUUAGUGAAGGGAAGGUUAAAGUGUUGGAGGGCUGGUGACAGGUGAGUGAUGGCGGGGGUUCGUCUGUCUGCUUGUCACUGUCUACACCAACAUCUCUGUCUCCACCACUGUCUGUCUCUCCUCCGCAAGGCUACCGCGCCACCCCACUCCAUAGCAAAGUAGUUGCUCACAUUCAGGUUCGACCGACCGCCAGUGAUAUUCUUGGCCAACUCAGGGAGUAUAUCUUUCGGGAAGUUUGUCGCUCUUUAUAUUUUGCUGUGAUGGUGAAAUGAGGUGUGGUGUGUGCUGGGAGUGGCGGAGCUCCCCUGGUGUCAUACCUGCUCUGCCCCGCACGCUCCUCUACACUCAAUAAAAGCUCAGAAAUGUCAAUGACGAGACGUCUCUCCACGACAUCGACGAGGCAGUGGCAACGAGAGACAUUGCGCGACGUGGAGGAGUCGGCGUCCAGCGCUCGUGUGAUCUCGAGGUCCGUCACUCACCGCUCCAGAUAACAGUGAACGAUCAUGUUCUUACCUCGUCAAGUGUGUGUGAGAACUCCGAGGUCAGUGCUUGUGGUGUGCAGGAAGUGAAGUGGCGCCACACCAUGUGACUGGAUGACCCCAGAGGCGCCGCUCCACUAACUCUCUCCGUCACCUCUUAAUUCUUCUCCAAGACCCCACACACUCGCUCGCUGCACUCUCACUCUCUUGGCUACCUUCACUCGCCAGUCCUGGAUUACGAGAGUGAUAUGUAAGCGCCGCGUGGAGUGUCAUGCUCGAGCUACAACUCGCCUUUGCAGCUUUCCCUCGCCACUCACCUCCUCACCACCUGCACGCCACCUGCCUCGCCACUGCCGCCAGUGGCCGCUGAGUGACAGCCCGGCGAUAUGGUAGGCGCUGCAGGGCUUGACACCGGGCUUCUGGGGGGCGUUGUCAUCGGGGAAGAUACGGUGGAAGGAGAAGUGGAAUUGGGUUCCAUCCCCCUGCUGGAGACGCCGUCGGGAGAGCAACCCCAGCAGUCGCCGCGUCUCCUAGGCUACGGCGGAGGCUACGCCGGCUACGGCAGCGGCAGUAGCGGCUACGGCACGGGCUACCCGCCCUACGGAGGCGGGGAGUUGGUGAUGAUGGCUGGUGGUACCCACGUGGGGGUGGAGAGCUUGGCGCAGGCCUCCGUCAUACUCGUCAUUGGGGUCGCUAUCAUCAUCUCCAACAUCAUCAUCCUUGCCACCUUCAUCACCAUGCCAGGUCCCAAGGACGUGAUCAUGUACUACCUGAUGUCACUGGGAGUGUCUGACCUGGUGGCCGGGGUGGUGGUGGUGCCCUUGAGUGUGUACCCGGCCUUGGUGCAGCGUUGGGUGUACGGCGACGCCCUCUGCGGUCUCGCCGGCUACCUCGAGACCACCCUCUGGUUCGCGCAGCUCUGUACCUUCAUGUGGAUCAGCGUUGAUCGCUAUCUGGCUAUACGCAAGCCACUCAGGUACGAGACUGUACAGACUAAAACGCGGUGUCAGUGUUGGGUUGUGUUCACCUGGAUAACCUCUAUGAUGCUCUGCUGCCCCCCGCUGCUUGGCUUUAACAGCUCGUCCCACUGGGACGACGAAGCCUUUGUCUGCUGGCUAGACUGGGGCAGCAUGAUAGCCUACGCCUUCACCCUCAUUCCCAUGGUGCUGGGACCUACGCUCAUUACGCUCUUCUACACCUACGGCUACAUCUUCAACACCAUGCGCAGGCUCAAAACUUGCGUGGUCGGGCAGGAUAAGGAGUUCAUCACGGCGCUCACCUCCAACCUGGCUAACCCGGACCACGCCAUGUCUUUCGUGCUGGUGCUUGCUUUCUGGCUGUCGUGGGGCCCGUGCGUUGGCGUGAGGACCUAUGAGUACAUCUCUGGCCAUCACAUCGAUGUGAGAUUCCUCCAUUUUGCAGUGUUUUGGCUAGGAGCUCUUAACUCCUGCUGGAAAUCCAUUAUUUACAUUGCCAUGAGCCCAAAGUUCCGACGUGGCCUGAAGCUCUUCUGCCUCUCGCUGUGCUGCCAGCGGAAGGCCCGGAACGCAGAACUCAUCAUGGAUUACUAGAUCAACCCAGGACUUCCGUGUAUAACUUCUUCCAUGUGUUCCCGUAACUUUAGCAAGUAAUGAUGCUUUUUUAGCGUGUCGUGUUAGUGAUGAGCUUUAGAAGACAGAUCGCGGGUGAAUGCAUUUAAUGCUCAAGCCAUCAACUCGAGCACUGGUGAACUGCUGCUUGAGUAAUGAUCAGUGCUGGCUUUAUCCAAACAAAAAAAUAAGUAUGAUUUUUGUACUUGACAAUCUUAGGGUGAAUGUUAGUGUGUCUAGACUUCGCUGAACCUCACCCGAGGACCGGCGGGAUUACACAUUGUUGUCUAUCGUACUGUUCGUUCUUGUUGGGGUGUUUGCGUGUGAUAGACAGGCUUAGGGUUUCAUAAACAUAUCAGUGUCUCAGAUCUAGCAGCGUCCAGGGAACCACUAUGGGCGAAUAUCUAUAUAUUUUUUAGAUUUGUGUGACUGCCUUUUUUUAAAUGAUGCAUUUGUUCUUGAUUAAUGACCUACUCGUGUACAUUCUCUGGCAACUUGUGAAUGUUUCAUAGUUUAGAUGUGAUGGGAAGUCUCCAGCACCGGAGUGGAUAGGCACAAGUGGUGUGGACUAAUGGGCGUCCUUGUAAUGAUUUCCUCUCGACCAUAACAUUGGUUAUGCCAUCUGUUACUGCGGAGGGCAUAGUAGGGGUGAAUUUGUUUCUGUUAAUUUGACAUAUAUAUUAGUGUAGCCCUCAGGUCAAAUUCCACUGAUAAACCCUGAAAAGUGGUUAGUUGUUAUUUAAAUUGGUUGUACCUUGUUAGGAAUUAGAUGGCAUGAAUAUCAUUGCAAUUUUUCCAUACCUUUUAUAAAAUAUAUGCACACACACACACACACACACACACAUACACACACACACACACACACAAACACACACAGACACACACACACACACACACACACA